AUUGGCAGUCCUGCAUGUCAUUUUAACAUGUCAUAUGUGUUUUGACAAAUUGGUAAUUUUAUUUAAGAAAAAAUAAUUGUAUAAUAUUGAUUAGGGGGAAAUGGUUAUAAUUCACGAUGAAUACUGGAUCAACUCACGACAUCGUAGUUGAAGUCCUGCAAAGAGCUUCAAGUCAAAAUCCGGAAGUGUUAAAACCGGCUGAAGCAAAAUUACGGGAAUGGGAGACUCAACCAGGAUUUUACACUGUUUUAUUUAAUGUAUUAUCUAAUCACACUCUAGAUGUAAAUGUAAGAUGGAUUGCAGUUUUGUAUAUAAAAAAUGGUAUAGAACGAUACUGGAGAAAAAACGCACCAAAUGCUAUUUUAGAGCCAGAAAAACAAAACAUCAAACAUGGUUUAAUUUUAAGUUUUAACGAACCCGUUAGUCAGAUUGCAGUUCAAAGAGCUGUUUUAAUUUCAAAAAUAGCACGAAUUGACUGUCCUAAAGAAUGGCCGGAAUUGUUUCCUACUUUAUUACAAGUAGUUGAAAAUCCUGAUUCUCUAGUCCAACAUAGAGGAUUUUUAACUCUACAUCAUGUUGUCAAAGCAAUUGCUUCAAAACGACUAACAGGCGAUCGACGUUUUUUCCAAGAGUUUUCCAGUAAUAUUUAUUCAUUUGUAUUAAAUUUAUGGAAUAAUUUCACUCAACAAUUUAUGAAUGAUGUAAUGAAAGGUGCAGAGUCACAAGUAGUUCUCACAAAUCUAGAAAAAGCACUAUUGACUUUGAGGAUUUUGAGGAAAUUGACUGUUUUUGGUUUCUAUAAACCCAAUCAAAACCAAGAUUGUAUGAGAUUUUUAAAAGUGAUUUUUGAUAGAGCUAAAAUGGCAUUACAAUGCAGGAAACAUUUGAGAGAUAAAGAAUUGGUGGAACAAUGCGAAAAAUUCAUUACUCAUUUAACGAAAGUUUUAAUAUCGGUCUUGGAUGUUCAUCCAUUUUCUUUCAUUGAUUUCAUUCAACCAUCACUAGAAUUUACGACUUAUUUUCUUUUCACUCCAGAUGGGAUUAAUUUUUUGUUUGAGCGUUUUAUCAUUCAAUGUUUUAAUUUAAUCAAAAAUAUUUUAUUAUGUGUGGAAUAUAAGCCGCCGAAAAUUCUCGAAAUGUGUAAACAGGAGGAAACACUCAAGGCACAUGAGAUCAAAAUAAAUUUUUUUCAAGUCAAUACUUUGACGGAAAUUUGUCGUAAAUUAGUUUCACAUUAUUUCAUUUUGACACAAGAAGAGCUUGAAAUGUGGGAUGCUGAUCCUGAAACGUUUGCGAACGAUGAAAGUGGAGAUAGUUGGAAAUAUAGCUUGAGGCCUUGUAUGGAGACUGUUUUUGUGACGAUUUUUCACGAAUUUCGAGACACUUUAGCCCCGGUUUUACUAGAAAUGAUCCACGAAACGAAUUGUAUUGUGUCACCUGAAGACACUCAAGGUAUAUUACGUAAAGAUGCCGUUUAUAACGCCGUUAAUUUAGCCGCGUAUGAUCUUUACGACGAAGUCGAUUUUGAUUCGUGGUUUGCCAAUACUUUGACACAAGAAUUGAAAGUGAAACACAACAAUUAUCGAGUGAUUCGACGAAGAGUUUGUGCUUUAAUUGGUCGUUGGACUGGUAUUAAAUUAUCAUCAGAAUUAAGGCCUGCUUUGUACGAAUGUGUUAUUAAUUUAUUGGGUCCUGAUGAAGACAUGGCUGUUAGAUUGACAGCUUCUGCGACUUUACGUCACGCAGUUGAUGAUUUUGAGUUUAGUUCUGACCAAUUUCGCGAUUAUUUAGACCCGGCAUUUAAUUUAUUGUUUAAUUUAUUGAAAGAAGCAAAUGAGUGUGAAACAAAGAUGCAUGUUUUGAAUGUGAUGACUUUAAUGGUGGAGAGAGUAGGACAGACUAUUAAACCACAUACUGAUGCUUUGAUUCAUUAUUUACCACUGUUGUGGACCGAAUCUGAAGAUCAUAAUAUGUUAAGAUGUGCGAUUGUGUCUACUUUAGUUCAAUUGGUCAAAGCUUUGGGGUCUGUUAGUUCGGAAUUGAAUCCGUUUUUGUUACCGAUUAUCCAAUUAGGGACUGAUACAAAUCAAAGUGCUAUUGUUUAUCUCUUGGAAGAUUGUCUCGAAUUGUGGUUAACGGUUUUGGAAAAUUCGACUACAAUGUCUAAUGAGCUUUUACAAUUAUUUAAUAAUAUGCCAGCUUUGUUGGAAUAUUCAACUGAGAAUUUAAGACUUUGCUUAUUGAUUGUGUUGGUUCACACUUUAUUAGCACCGGAUCUUGUCAUGCGAACACACGGAGUUCAAGUGAUUACGGUUUGUGAUAAUUUAAUGGCAGAUAUGAAGAAUGAAGGAAUUGUCAUGUUGAUAAGAAUGUUGGAGAUUUUUAUACGAUCCUCGCCAAUUCUUGGGUGCGAGACUGUUUUCCCUAUUUUACCGCGAAUUUUUCAAAAAAUCUACGAGGGUGAGGACUAUCCUCUUCUCAUGUCAAUGUACCUGUCGAUUCUCGCACGUGUUUUACUAUCAUCGCAUGAUGUUUUUACACGUGUUUUGCGUACUUUGGCUCAAGUCCAUAAUGAAACGGACGAAAAUGUCCUUGGAAAAAUUCUAAAUGUUUGGUUAUCGAAAAUGCCAAUGGUGUCUCAAUUGGAGCAACGCAAACUUUUGGGUUUAGCAUUGACGAAUUUAUUGACGACGCAGAGUAGACCAGUGUUUCAGCGAUUUGCCACAGUUAUGGUUAAUAUUUUGGAAUGUUUGAACGAUAUGGAAGAUUCGCUGUUGUUGUCCGAUGGUCGUAGUCCAAAUGAUUAUGAUGAUGUUGUUCCAUAUGAAACCGAUCAUGAUCAGAGGAAAAAACAAUUGAUUUUAUCGGAUCCGGUCCAUACGAUAGUUUUGAAAGAUUAUUUGCAAUCACAAAUGUAUGAACUUAGGAAUCAGAUUGGGUUACCUCAAUACGAACAACUUCUACAAACUAUCGAUCCUGAUACUAUUUCGCAAUUGAAGGGAUAUAUUACAUUGUGAGGAACAUAAUUUAAAAGAAAUGAAAUUCUAUCUUUAGCAAUAUCUUAUUAUUUUUGUUAUAUUUUUGUAACAUACCGAUCAUUUGUUUAUUCAAACUAAUUUAUUCAUUACAUGGCUUAGCUAAUUUGAAUUCAACUGAUUUUAAACCUACAUGUAUAUGAUUGUACCAAAUAAAAUAUAAUAAAAAACUGU